UGAACUCCACAAACCGGCCAUAUUUUUCUUAAAUCUAAUGAUAUACCAAGUCAAAUGCCGUACGGUGUGAACAAAUAUUCUUCAUCUGAUUCACGAACCCAGAGAUUUUGUUACUGUAGCAAUGACGGCUCUGCAAAAUUUCUUAUAAAGUCAUUUCUUUGAUGUUAACCCCAAAAAGUUUCUUUCAAUCGUCUCAGGUUAAUUCGAUCUUGAUUUUUGUCCUAUACCCAUCUCCGGUUCUUUUUAUUUUCUUGUGUUAUUUCAUGUUGGUUAUAAAGGUGGCGAACCCAAGAGAUUCCGGUGAUUUUUUCAGUUCUCAUCCUGAGAAAAAGAACGAUGAAUUAGAAGGAGGAGGAGGAGCUCCUCCACCACCGUCACCGCGUUUGCAGCUUCUACCGGGGAUGUUCACAUCGGAGUUUAGUCAUUCACAGGAGAUGUCUGCUAUGGUGGCGGCUUUAACUCAUGUCGUUUCUGGACAGACGUCUGGCAGUGCUGGUGUCGGUGUCGGUGCUGGUGUUUCUCCGACGUCGUUUUAUGGCGGCGCUGCAGCUUUGGCUGCUGGUGUUUUCUCUACGGAUUCACCGUCGUCGGCUUAUUCCUCUUCUAGUUCCGGUUCGUUUGCUGGGAAUAAGAGAGUUCGUGAACAAGACGAAACUACUGUCAAUCAAAUUUCAGAGCAACAUCAUCGAAGAUUUAAUGAAGGUAGAGAAGAAGAAAUUCCAUCUGCCAUUAUCACCACCACCACCACAACUACUACGGCGGUGAACACCGGAAUACAACAUAACCCGACAACAGAAGCAAAUCAAAACGAAGUCGCCGGAGAGAGGAGGAGGAAGUAUAGAGGUGUCCGGCAACGGCCAUGGGGAAAAUGGGCGGCGGAGAUAAGGGAUCCACAAAAGGCAGCAAGGGUCUGGUUAGGUACAUUUGAUACGGCGGAGGCGGCCGCCAGAGCCUACGACGAGGCUGCCCUUAGAUUCCGAGGAAAUAAAGCAAAACUCAAUUUUCCUGAAAACGUCACGCAGCUACCGCCUCAACAGUUCCAGCCAACCACCACCACCACCACCAUCCGCCAACAACCGCCAUCACCACCACCGUUGCAGCCGCUGUACUUCCGACCCCAACUUCAACAGUAUCAACUACCUGAUGCAGAUUACUGGCAAUACUCACAACUUCUACAAAGCCCAAUGAAUUCUCAUCUCCAGCAACCAUAUGAAACAAAUUUGUUACAGCAAAUCAUGUUUAAUGCUUCAACAAUGUCGUCUUUAAAUUCACAACCAUUCAUCUCUAAUUCGUCUUCAUCGGCAGAUAUUGAUCCCCAGUUUUUCCCAAACCAGCGGUUGCACUAUGAUUACCAGCAGAAUAUGGACGGCAGUACAGAUUUUCAAGCGGCGCCACCGUCAUCAUGGCCUUGUUCUGGUCAAUUCCCACCUCCUAAUCCUUAAAUUUCAAUGUCAUGUGACGACAGCUUUUGCUCAUGCAAGUACCAUUCAAAUUGUGUAUCACAAUUUGGAUUUUUUUUUUUUUUUUAAUACUUGUAAAUGGAAAUUAAAGAGAUAUGAUUUAAACAAAGCAUGAGACUAUGAGGGUUUUGAUGUUUAUCUAACAAAUUGAAACAUGGCCAUCUCCGCCUUCGACCUUCAUUUCCCCA